GGGGAACAGGAACCGUGGGUUUUUAGAGGUGGUCUCACCGGAGAAUUACAGAGACUACUACCGGUUGAAACGGUUAGUGAUUUGUUUUUAUACAAAGCGCCGGAAUCUCCUUCGAGUCAGAUCUACACAAUCCGACCAUAUCUUCAAUCGGAUGAGACAUCUGUUUACGACGUCUGUCGCAAGACAUUUGCUUUGGAGAGAGAGAACAUGACUCUGGAAGACAUGACAGACUUUGUGGGCGAUAAACUGAUCGGCGGUUUCUUAAGUUUGAGUCCAGAGUAUUGUUUUAUAGUUGAGGAUGAGAUGGGAAUUUGUGGCUACGCUUUGGCCGCUUUAGACGCCCAGCAGUUCAACAAAAAGUUGGAGAUCUCGUGGACACCAGAACUGAACCGCAAAUAUCCGGCGCCGACAGAGAAGUUGAGCGCCGGACAGAAGUUAUCUCCGGUGGAAGAGUUGAUUAAUGACAUGCACUCCAAGACUACUGUCACUGGAAUUCCAGAAGUGAUUUCUAAGAACCACCCGUCAGUCGUGAAAAUGUCUGUUUUGCCACAUAUUAUGGACUUAAGUGUUCCCAAACGUAUACUCGCGUGCAUUAUCGCUGCAUUGAAAGCUAAUGGAUCGACUGGUGUAUUUUGUGAGAUACCGGUGUCCGAUAAGAAGUUAUUUGAUUUUUACUCAAAAUUAGGGUUUUUACACAUCCAGGUGUCCAAUGAACUGCCUAACGAUUGCUCUAUAUUUAUGGGUCGAGUCAUAUGAUUUAACUUAUAAAUGAUUCUUAUAUUUACUAAUUUACAAAUAAAAUUUUUGUUAUAAUUAUUUCAUUUUGUUAACUAUAAUUUAAUGCUUUUAUGAAUUGUGUGAUCAUUUUAUUAAAUUUUUUAAAUAAAACUUUUU